AUUGACUGCGGAACAGUCGAUCUAAAUUUACCCGUUGUGCAAAACAAUCGUCGGUACUCCAAGCAAAGCGAUAUGAUCUCCCUGGAUUUGUAAUCUGUCACCUUCAUAUUACUGCUGCUCGAAGAGCGUAACAACACGUACCCUUCGAGGAAACCAUCUGGUGUUAGGAAAUCGGCAUUCUUCUGCAUCGACGCCUUUUCACAAAAACCAUGCACAGGCGCGCUGCGCUUCGCCUCCUAUCGGCGGGUGGUUUCCCACGUGACCUACGGCUAGCAAGAGUAGCAAGAGCGGUGCAAGUGGGCAAAGCGAAUUUCGGGACAGCGGAGACCACUACCACGAUGGCAGGGAGGACCGUGACUCUGGAUAAUAUGAACCCUCACUUGAAGACGAUGGAGUACGCUGUACGCGGCCCCAUCGUGAUUCGAGCCGGCGAAAUUGAGAAGGAACUUAAAGGAGGAGCGGGCAAACAACGACCUUUCACAGAAGUGAUUCGAGCCAACAUUGGAGACUGUCAUGCAAUGGGCCAGGUGCCGCUGACAUUUUUCCGGCAGGUCAUUGCAGCCUGUACUCUCCCGGAGUUGAUGAAAGGAGACCUGUUUCCAGAGGAUGUCAAAUCUCGUGCUCAGGACAUCCUUAACCAUUGCGGGGGCAAGAGUGCCGGGGCCUACAGUGACAGCGCCGGCGUUGAAGUAAUCCGGAAGCACGUAGCAGACUACAUUAGCCAACGAGAUGGUGUCAAGGCACACUAUGAAGAUGUGCUCCUUUCCACUGGAGCCAGCGAAUCUGUCCGGUCAGUACUGAACCUGCUUAAUGUGCACAGCAAUGGGAGGCCAGCUGGUGUUAUGAUUCCCAUUCCACAGUACCCUCUUUAUUCUGCAACACUUGCAGAAUAUGGGUUGCACCAGAUAAACUACUAUCUGGAUGAAGAUAAUGACUGGGCAUUGAGCCUCAAAGAACUGCAGAGGUCUCUCGACGAGUCAAGGAAAGUUUGCGAACCUCGUGGUUUGGUUGUCAUCAAUCCAGGGAACCCCACAGGCUCUGUCCUGACAGAGGAAAAUAUCAAGCAAGUAGUGCAGUUUGCCUACAAGAACAAGCUCUUCCUCAUGGCAGAUGAAGUGUACCAACACAACAUCUACGCAAAAGGAGCGGCAUUCCACAGCUUCCGCAAGGUCAUGCAUGAAAUGGGAUCGCCCUAUCAAGAGAUGGAGCUGGCUUCCUUCAUGUCGGCAUCCAAGGGCUACAUGGGCGAGUGUGGACUGCGUGGUGGCUACGUCGAGGCAAUCAACCUGGAUCCCGAGGUGAAGAAGGUCCUGCUCAAAUCGGUGUCUGCCAAGCUCUGCUCGUCAGUUCUUGGUCAGUGCGCCAUGGACUGUGUGGUGAAUCCUCCCAGGCCUGGGGAACCAUCCUAUGAUCUCUUCAUCAAGGAGAAAACUGCUGUUCUGAGUUCGCUGAAGGAACGGGCUCAACUGGUUGCCGACACAUUCAACUCUUUUGAGGGAUUCCGUUGCAACCAAGUGGCUGGGGCAAUGUAUGCUUUCCCCAAGUUCACGUUACCACAAAAAGCCAUAGAGAAAGCCAAGUCACUUGGGCAAGCUCCAGACUUCUUCUAUGUAAUGCAGUUGCUUGAAAACACUGGAGUAUGUGUUGUUCCUGGUAGCGGGUUUGGCCAGAUUCCAGGGACCUUCCAUUUCAGGACAACGAUACUUCCUCCUUUGGAGAAACUCAAGAUCAUGCUGGAAAAGUUCAGGACCUUCCACCAAAAGUUUAUGAACGAGUACAAGUAAGCUGCAUCUGCCACCCAGCAAAGCUUCGGAAGCCAUAAUCCAGACCUUCACCAGUUGUAAAUGGGCAAAGCUGGAUACGACUUAUACCACGUGCUUUCUUUGUGGCAUUGCUAGCCUGUCAAUGUUUCGUCGCUCAACGUUGUCAGUGUGUCUUUUAGAGGACGGCAGGGCAAAAUGACCUCACAUUCUAAGUAUUUUUUUGACAAAAAGUUUUUUUUUUGGCUUAUAAGUAACUGCCACAUAAUGCUAUUUUGUCUGAUGGGCAGCCUUAAUUGUAAACCACUUUUAAUAUAAAGAAUUUUAAUAAGUUUUCCUAUUGCUGUAGUUGAGUUGUUAGAUAUUCAACCUGCCAUCACUUGGCAUUUUCUCUGCCUCAUACCUUUUUCCAAGUGUUCAAAUUGGUUAUUGUGUUGCGGUUUUACCAGGUUUUUGUUUGUGGUUUGCGAAUUUGAUUGCCGGUGGAUGCAAUUUUAUGCAUGCAUGCGAUCACAUUUGCCUUUACUUUCGUUACUAAUAGGAAUAUGUUGGGCCAGGACAUGUUUUAGUCCUCAGACUGGCAUUGUUACUGGUAGGAAUAUGUUGGAGCAGGACAUGUUUUAGUCCUCACACUAGCAUUUCCAGCAACUGUUUGCUUGCUGUUGCAAACUACAGCACCCAACUCAUAAUAAUUUAUUUGCUAGAUACUCCAGUUAAAGAAGUAGAGAAAUACUUCUUCCUCAAUAUUGCAUUAAUUUUGCAACUGUGCAAGAUUAGCAAUAAGCUGUGGGUCAUUAACCUACAAAUUUCUAUAGUUUGGUGUGCAAAGGCCAGAAAUGCCUAAUGUGGGAAUGUAGUACUUGUUUACAAGUUGAAGAGAAGUCCUUUUGGGCAAAACCACAUUCCAUUCCACAGAUUAGAUAUAUUACAGUGCAGGCUACGAUGUGUACUUAGGCUGUGUGAACAGGGAGCCAGCAUUGCUCAAGAAAAUCCCGAAAAUUGAUGGAUAAUGUGAACUUAAACUGAAGGCCUUAAAGGUCACCGAUUCAAUUGUCAGACUAGAAAAAGACACUUGUAUUUGGGGUCUAAGCAUUUGGGUGUGCAAUUCGGAAACUGUACACAAAAUCUUACCAUGUAGAAUUGUGUCAACUUGGAUGAGCACCACCUUGCUGUCGGCAGGCGGGGGAAACAAAUCAGGUACCUUAUUAUAUUACUGUUUCACCUUACUAUGGACUGCAAUGGAUGCUAUGAAUCACCAGAGACAAUCCAUAGCUCGAAGCAUGUCACGUGACCUUUCGGUUUGAUUGAGUGACGUGUCGAGCGCAGUCUUGCAUCGGUUCAGCUUCGCUUGGCUAACAUGGCUCCAUUGCAGUACAUCGUAACGGACUAUAGCCCACCAAUGCUUGUAGCCUUGCUGUGGUAGAUGCGAUAUGUGAAAUGGAGUACAGGUCCAGCAUGAACAUGGUAAUUAAUCUGCAGUGGCAGCCACAAUGCUGUUGGGUUUCUUCUAUGUAGGUGUUACUUUACAGCAGAGCUUUUAAGGUGUUAAGUGCUAGUUCCCCAGGAUCCGCCAGCAAACAAAUGUCGACACAACACCCUGGACAGCUACCGCCAUGUAUGAGCGACUGCAGCAACCAGACAACGGGCUUACUGGUUGUCGCCGUCGCUCAUAGAUGGCAUCAACCUUUCCACGCUGGCUUGCAGACUUGCGGCCGGCCAUUACUUUGUUCCCACCAUGGUACAGCUUUGGCGGUCUUCCUUCUUUAUUAGAGUGGAAAGGCUGAAAGUUCUUUUAUCUAUAGCCGUCAUGGUGUCCACUGGAUUUGCAAGUAAUGUGCGAGGAGCCUAAUGCGCACCAUAGAGAGCUUUCUACUUGUGUCUUAAUCCAUGAAUCCAGAGAAAACUAGGUUGGACACUCAUUUUUGAAAAAUUCCAGUGUGCAUACUUGCCAAAGCUGAACUAAAAAUUAUGCUCAUGUGUAUAUUGAAACAGUGGCAAAUUGUUUCUAAACGAUUGUCAAAGGUAUGUUCACCCUCAAAUAAGCUAUCAAGUGACCAAAUAAAAAAAAGGAAAUAAGAAAUUGCCCGAUAGUUUAAUGAACAGUGACCAAGUUCAGUGUCUGUUAUUGUGCCUUUAGGUAUCAAGGUUCUAGCAUCUCCAGCCAGCUCUGUUUGUGUUUGAUGUGACAAUGAAACAUUUUUACCCCAAGAGUAUACAAUAGGCACCCCAAAGUAGAUCCAGGUCUAUAGUUGCAACAGUGAAGCAAUAUGUCCUGUGUGGAAUAUCUGGCCCUAGGCAUGUAAUGGGUGGGUCUCACUGGACAAUAAAGACAUUUGACAUCACCUGUUAAAA